UUGGAUCGGAAUAUUGUUUCUAUACCAAAGUUAUCAAUAAAAAGCAAGUAAAAAGUGUAGUAAUUCAUAAGUGAACUCAGUAGUUUUAUUUAAUUUAUUGCAAAUAUAUUCCAUGUGCCCGAACGAAUUUCUGGAAAGAUGGUAAACAUGGAUGCAUCACAAAUCACCAGUAAGACAAGUUCGCUAAAGGCUCUUAUACUGAAAGCUUGGCGUGAAAGAUGGACUGAUAUCCAAUGGGGAAUCAACAUCAAAACAAUACUACCAAGAGGAGUCAGCGGGGAUCUGUAUAAUCUCGCUGACUGUAUUCUACAGCAGGCAAUGGUGGGCUGCGGUGCUAACCAGCUAGUUAUAUCAUAUUUGAAACAUUCCUUAGCUUCACACUUAGUAUCCUACGCAGCAGUUCUCCAGAGAAUAGCAAAGUUUGAUGCUUUUCACAAGCCACAUUGUAUAUUGAGCUUGUUGGAGUUCUUAGAAGGCUUUCUCGAUAACAUAACAUGUCGAAGCAAGAUGGAGGAAGAUAUCUUGGCGUAUGCAGUGUCAUCUAUAAUUCUGUGGCUGCUGCAGGUAUUUUACUACUCCUUGAGUAAAUAUCCAUCGUCAAAUCCCAUUCAGAGUCAGGACAUUUUGGAGAAAUCGACAACACUUCUACACUCCAUAGUGAAUGCAGAUUUUCUUAUUGCUAUGUUUUAUUUGGCUAAGCAGAAUGACCCAGAGGAGUAUAGUUCUGUCACAAAGAAGUGUCAAGAGAUCAGUGCUUACAUGUUAAUGAAUACACAAUUUAAAGCACCAGGGACUAUACAUGAAACAUUACAAAAGCUCUGCACUUUAGAUAUUGAUAAAAUAGCUCCAUUGAAUACCAAACCUGAGCCAAUUACUCAUUGUUUACAAGCUAUAAUAGCGAUUGAUCUGUUAUCCAACCCUGGUGCAGAUAUGCAGCAUAUCAUUAAUCAACUUUUAGUGGUUCAGAGAAUUAAAUGCUAUCCGUUACCUAGAUUUUACUGUGAACUCAUACGAGGUUCUUUUAUCUCUCUCAAUGAUGUCAGCAAGGAGGCAUCGAAGCAAUCACUGUGGGCCGCUUUCACUUUUUUGAAACUGCCUAAAAUCAUCCAGUAUAUUCACAAUAUGUGUGGUACUACAGGCAAAGAUAGUGAAUAUUCCAUUGAAGUUGUAGAAGCAUUUGAAAUCCUCUUACAAUCAACGUCACUGUUGGAUAUUGUGGACGCUAAAAAUUCUUGCAACUGCGUUACUUCAUUGCUAGAAAAUUUAGUCAAAUUGAAUGUUGUGUCGGAAACUCAUUUGGCAUAUUUUAAUCAGAAAAGGGAAAGCAGGGAUAUAAAGUUACAGAAACUUGAACCAGCCGGACUUCAGGGAUCCGUGCCAGGAUUUAUAACUCAAGCUGAACCUGUUUUGGCUGGUACUCUUAAGACAUUAGGUGGAGAUUUUCAUAAAACACAAGAUCUGUAUGCCAUGCUGUGUUCGAUGGUGAGUGGAGGCACUACCCUCGAUAUGGUGCUAGCCGUUGCAACGGUGGAAGGAAAAUUAAAACAGUUUGUAACAAGGCUGAUCAAGUUUAAUGAAUAUGCUUUGAUUGCUGCUAGUGAAAAGGGCGCUUCCCAAUCCAAGGUUUAUGUGUUUGAUAUCACAUUUUUACUGCUGUGCUCAAUAGUACAGGACUAUGGAAAGGAAACUGUUUUAGAUGAAAAUGGCGAUUCUUUCUUUGAAAAGUGGGUAAGGGAGUGUAUGAUACACAAAGGAGUUCACAAGUCCCCAGACACAAUCUUACAAAGAUGUGAUCAGCAGUUGGUAGACAUUUUUAUCCACCAUCUCGGUGCAUUAGAUUUCGAUUUUAAAAAUACAAACUUAAAGCCUCAUGAUUUGUGCAAUAAUGUCAGUGGAGUUAUCAAAGAAAUCUUGUUUGCAUGGGAACAAGGUGCAAUUUUGGCAGCCGAUGUUAAAAGGAUGUUGGACUCAUUAAGGCAGAAAAUGGCAUCACUAGCAGUUUGCGCGUCAGUCUGGCUCGCAUCCUACAUCAAUGUGGUUCAUCAGGACGCUUUGUUCAAGCCAGUGAAUAUGAUCCAGCAGUUUUUGACGCCACCAAGUGAUGUAGAAUUAGCGCAGAUCGAUAAUUUUAAAGAGCGUACACUGUUAAUGUUUCAAAUAAUUCGAAAAUUGCAAUAUGAAACACACCCUCAAACAGUACCGAAGUCCAAAAAUAUAACUUUACCAUACAGCAUCAUUUCUCGCCAGCCGAUAUUGGAGCAGCUGCAGGCAGUGUGGCAAGAUAUUAAACUCAGAGGAUACUUACACAUAGAUGCUACCAAUGUGGUAGAAAGCCUUCUUAACACUGGAGGACCAGUUUGGUUCGUAACUAAUUUAGUUAAUGAGACCUUGAAAUUCCGCUGCCAACAAGACUUGGAUCGCUCAGUCGACAUAGUGCUUGCUAUGUUCCAUUUGGACAUAGAAAAGUGUACUCUAGCACUGAUAUUGAAUGUCCUUCCUCAAUAUCUGUACAAUUCUAAACUAUGCGAAGAACUAGUUGAGCCCCAAUCGGCGACUCUUGCGAAAUUGGCUGUCUACAGUAUUUACGCAGCCCUCGAAUAUAGUAUGUCUAAUAAAGUGCACAGCAGUAGAAAGAGGAGAAUAGAUGAUUCUGAAGACAUGGAAGUGAUGUGUGCUGCUAAUAAAGUGAGAAGAUUGAAUGAUAACACAUCUGAUGCUACAAUGUACUAUUCUCAAGGACAAAGCUCUGGUGUUGUGGUCAGAGAGCCGUUGCAAUCGGCUCUGGAGGUCUUGUACAAGUGUUUCACACAGUUGGCUGGAAAAAAUGGCGAUGUAACUGCACAAACUAAGUUUAUAUUCGAGUUUUUGUUGUAUGUGGUUCAGUGUGGCCAGGACAGAGCUCAAGCAGUAUUACAGAAAAUGCCAAGUGAAAUUGUGUCUACCCUCAUAAAGGCAUUACCUGAUAAUUUCAACAUUGGUUUAAUUUUAAGAUUGUAUGACCUCUCGACUGUAUAUGGUAGAAAAGAUACUGCUAGAGACCUUUGCCUGUUAAGAAAUAUGAGGCUUCUGGCUUUAAUUUAAUUUAUUUAAACAGUU